AGUGCAGGCGGGUUAAUAAUUAAUGUCCUGCUUAUUUCUGCCGGCAGUGCGUUGGACAGCCCCGCCCGGGGUCCUUGCGGUGGUUCGUCGCGGCUGCUGUGUAUGAGGUCCCCGGCGGAGCGAGAUGUGCGGCUGGAAGUACCGGUGACAGGAGAAGAGAUGGAGCUCGGGGGGCUGCUCGGCUCCGGGAGGCUGCGGCUGCUGGUCUGCUUCCUGGGGGUCUUCGUCUGUUACUUCUACUAUGGCAUCUUACAGGAGACCAUAACCCGUGGGAAGUAUGGAGAAGGAGAGAAACAGGAGAGAUUUCAUUUUGCUCUGUCACUUGUUUUUGUCCAGUGCAUCAUUAAUUCUUUAUUUGCUAAGUUUUUAACCCACUUCUUUGAGUCUGGGAAGGCUGACCGCACACAUAGCUGGCUCUAUGCGGCUUGCUCCCUUUCUUAUGUUGGUGCUAUGGUGUCCAGCAAUUCUGCACUCCUGUAUGUCAACUACCCAACGCAGGUGUUGGGGAAGUCCUGUAAACCUAUACCAGUGAUGAUUCUGGGAGCAACCGUCCUUCGAAAGAAAUACCCCCUAACCAAGUACCUAUGUGUGCUCCUCAUUGUCCUGGGGGUAGCGCUUUUUAUGUACAAGCCCAAGAACGGCGGUUCUUCCGGUGAUGACCAUGUCUUUGGCUACGGAGAACUGCUGCUGCUUCUCUCUCUGACCCUUGAUGGGCUGACAGGGGUGUCUCAGGACCACAUGCGGGCGCAUUUCCAGACUGGUUCCUACCAAAUGAUGCUUCAUGUCAAUCUGUGGUCCAGCCUAAUACUGGGAGCAGGUGUUGUGUUUACGGGUGAGCUGUGGGAUUUCCUGAGCUUUACAGAGCGUUAUCCGAAUAUUAUCUACAACAUCCUACUCUUCAGUCUCACAAGUGCAUUGGGACAGGCCUUUAUCUUUAUGACCGUAGUCCACUUUGGUCCAUUAACAUGUUCAAUUAUUACAACUACUCGGAAGUUCUUUACCAUCCUGGCGUCUGUGCUCCUUUUCUCCAACCCGAUCAGUGUCUUGCAGUGGAUUGGAACCGUACUAGUGUUUAUGGGUUUAGGACUUGAUGCCAAAUUUGGUAAAGGAGGAUCCAAAAAGUCGGCCCACUGACACCUCAUUCCAGGAGACUUUUUAAAAGACAUAAUCAGACCUCAUUCACUGUUUAAUAAUAUAUAUAUAUAUAUAUUUUUUUCUUUUCUUUUCUUUUUUUUUUUUUUUUACCAGAAAUGCAUCAUUCUGACUUAUUUUAUUGUUGAAAUGGAGGAUGUUUUAAGCAAAGUUAAGGGAACAUUAAAGACCUGAGAAGCGUUAAA